UCCACUGCCUCUUAAAAGUGAGCUCAUCUGGCACUGGGUUGCAUUGAAGUCCUCCACCGUGCCUGAAAGAAGAAUGCUUUUAGGUAGUGGGAACGUGGAGAAGAUGUGGUCUGUCCAGCUGUUCCUUGGGGUACUAGCCAUCUUGACCAUGACUGUGUAUAUCCCGUCUACACGGGGAGAGCCUUUUUUACUACAAGGUAACCGAGUGCUUCCGGAGAGAGAAGACACAAAUCACGAGGAAACACUGCUGACUCUGCUUCUUAAUAAGAAACUCGCAUGGCGGAGACCAGAAAAUAUUGACUGGGAACUGGCAAAGAAAUUUGAAGAGCUUGAAAAGCUGGAGAAGUUGAAGGAUCAGCUCUCUACUGAGGAAGGGUCAGAAGUGGCCUAUGCCUUGGAAAGUCUUUCAGCAUCCCAACCCAAAAAACGCGCCUGUUUUUGGAAAUACUGCAUCUGAAGGCUUGCCAGGACUGGAGGAUGAACAUGAGCCCUUCCCCAAUUGCCUUGCUGGGUAUUAAUGUGUUGAGUUUGUUCUGUUCUGUCAUUGUGCUGCUAAGUUGAAUGCCAUCCUCCAUGACUAUACCACAGCCAACUCUAACAGAGAAUGCGACAAGAGCUGGUAACCCACUACCACUCUCAACUGUUCCUUCUUUGCAGGUUUAUCCCACUGUGAUCUUCUACUUAGAAGAUGCUCACCAACUUCCCUUACUGUCCUGUGUGUGCCAGUCUGCUGCCACUGUACACUCUUCCCCAUCUCACCAGGUCCCCUGAGGCACCAAGCACUAACUCAGUUCCUCUGAGUUUGGGCCUCUGCCCACAUCUGCAGACAUUGCUCACAGUGAUGUUUCCAUUUCCUAUCACCUCCUACGAGUAGGUCUGUGAUGACCUAACACAUGCUGUUGGGACAGGAAGGCAGAUUGGGUGUAAUGUGAAGGACUCAGAGCUGCCAGCCUCAGCUUGCUGAGCCAGAGCUGUUCCUUGUUGUGUCCUGUCAGCGUGCACAGUAGGUCUGGGGGAGGACAGACAUAGAAGUCUGGAUCCCUUGGAUAUCAUUCCAAUAAAGAUUUU